AGGCCGGAAGCAAUGGAGACUGGAUUUGAGAGUGGAGAACCGAUGGAGACGGGAGAGUGGAGAAGAAAUGAUCAGAUUUUGCUUCUGCGAUGGAGAAAGUGGAAAAAAAAAAAAAAAAAAAUCGAAGUUGCAGGUUGCAGGCUUGCGGCGUCCGGUGGGGAAGAAUCCGCCCGGCGAGUUUACCGGGUCUACCGGGUCUACCGGGUGGGACGAUUUUCCCGGGUUUGGACGGUCCAACCGUCUAAACGGGCCUGGGUGUUCACCCAGCCCGUUUUACCCACCGGGUGACGGUUGGACCGGUUGAACCGACCGGUCCGGUCCGGUUCUUAAAACACUGCUAAAAACAGUAAUAUUACCUCUCUUUAAAUGCCAAAACUUCAGGAAUAUCAUAGUUAUUUAUAAAGAUCUUAGUAUUGAACAUGAUGUUGAAAAUCUCCAUUACACCUAAAUAAACCAUCAAAAAAAUUAUAUAAAACUUCGAAAAUAAAAUCUAAAAAAAAUA